AUGCGUUCCACACUUAUGGGUUCGGCGGCAGCCCUUGCCGGGCUCGCCCGCAUGGCGACGGCAGCUACGACGGCGAGCGCGUACACAGACGCCAAGACAGGCAUUGACUUUAUGCAAUACUCUGCCAACGGCGGUGCGUUCAGCUUCGGUAUCGCCCUUCCCGAGACGGUCGAGUCGGACUUCAUCGGACAGCUCGUGGUGCCCAUCACAAAGACAGGAGGAUGGGGAGCCGUUUCGCUCGCCGGGAGCAUGUUGAACCACCUCCUUCUCGUUGCCUGGGCCAACGGGGAGGAAGUUGUCAGCACUUUCCGAACCGCCGGUGCAUACGCCAACCCGGACGUUUACGAUGCCACCGAGGUCAGCGCAAAGCCUAUUGCCGACGGAACAUUUGUCAACAGCACCCAUUUCUCCUUCACCUUCCUCUGUGAGGGAUGUAUCGUGGGAGGCACGACCUCUUUCAAGCCAACAGACGAGACCCCCGUGUUCGGCUGGGCUCUUUCCGCAGAAGACCCAACUACUCCCUCAGACCCCACCAGCGCCAUCCCUUACCACGGUGCUGGGUUUGGCUUGUUCGGAGUCCCAGCUGCGGAUGCCAAGUCCGCCAAGUUCGACACAUGGGCUGCGAAGGCCUCCGAGGCCACCACACCUACUCCUGGUGCCGGCAGCAACUCGACCACGCCAAUCGGCGGCAACAGCACGUCUGUUAUUCCUACGACCUCCAACGUGACCUACGAUGUGAUCGUCGUUGGUGGUGGCCCUUCUGGCAUCAUCGCUGCUGAGCGUAUCGCCGAAGCUGGCUCAAGUGUCCUCCUGAUCGAGCGUGGUCCCGCCAACACUGUCGCGCUCGGAUCUGAUGCCGGUUUGCCAUGGAACGACACCCUGACGCCAUAUGAUAUCCCCGCCCUCGGUAGCAGCAUGUCAGCCCUUCCUGGCACCAAGAUCUGCAGUGACACCGCCUCGAUGGCUGGCUGUCUCCUUGGAGGAUCCAGCUCCAUCAAUGGAGAGAACUUCAUCCACCCCCCUGCGCACGACUUCAACAACUGGCCCGCGGGAUGGUCCUGGAGCGACGUGAGCAAGGCCGCUGAGCGUCUCUACUCCCGAAACCCCGGUACCACUCAGCCCUCGGUUGACGGUCAGUACUACGAUGACAAGGCGUUCGACGUUGUCUCUUCCUACCUGGACGGGCAGGGCUGGACUGAGGUCGACUCCAUCGAGUCGCCCAACGAGAAGCACAUGAUCUACUCCCGCCCCGCUUGGUCCAUCACCAACAACCUCCGUGCUGGCCCCGCCAGGACCUACCUGCCCCACGCUGAGGACCUCGACAACUUCACCCUCAAGCUCGGCAGCAAGGUCAUCCAGGUUAAGCGUGAUGGCAGCAGCGUCACCGGUGUCCUCACCGAGGCCGAGGAUGGCAGCCAGCAGAUCAUCAACCUGAAGGAGGGCGGCAAGGUCGUCCUGGCUGCCGGAGCUCUGUCCACCCCUAGAAUUCUCUGGAACUCUGGCAUCGGCAAGUCCGAUGCUCUCAAGAUCGUCCAGGGUGGUACGACCGGCGUCAAGCUUCCCGACGAGGCCGACUGGAUCGACCUUCCUGUUGGCCACGGCCUCAAGGACCACGCCCAGGCUCCUCUGCAGUUCAACAUGGCCAACCUCACUGCGUACAAGUUCAACGACAUCGCCACCGACCCUGUGGACGCCGAUCUCGAGCUCUACAAGCAAGGCUCCGGUGUCCUGACCCAGGCCGCCCAGCGUAUGCACCUGUGGACCUCGAUCAACGGCACCGACGGCGUCGAGCGCUACCUCCAGGGCACCGUCAGCGUCAUGAAGGACGGCAUCCUCACCAUCCGGGCCUUCCUCACCCACGGCACCACCUCCACCGGCGAGCUCGGCAUCACGGCCGGCGGCAACACCGUCCUGAACGUGAAGCCCUGGCUGGUGACCGACGCCGACAAGGCCGCCUUCUCCGACUUCAUCCAGUGGUGGAUGGACACGACCACCCAGAACAACGCCACCGUCGCCGCCUCCGCCUCCAUGGCCCUCGACGCGGACGCGACGCCCGAGUCCAUCAUCGCCGACUCCCUCAUCUCGGGCGACCACUGGGUCGGCACCGCCAAGAUGGGCACCGACGACGGGCGCUCCAACGGCACCAGCGUCGUCGACACCGACACCCGCGUGUACGGCACCGACAACCUCUUCGUCGUCGACGCCUCCAUCCACCCGGACCUGCCCACGGGUAACACCCAGGCCAUCAUCAUGAUCGUCGCCGAGCAGGCAGCCGAGAAGAUCGCCGCCUUCGACGUCGCCACCGGCGGCAGCUCUGCCGACGCCGGCGCCGACGCCAGCGAGCCCUGCACCAGGAGGAGGAGGCGGGACAGCAUGGGCCGCGUCAUCCGUCGCCGCUACUAG